GGGUAAGAAAAAGUCACCCGAAAUCUUAGUCAUCGCCCACGCUCGUUGGAGAACGCGACCUGACCUGAGGGACUGGAGCGACGCGGAUCCGCAAGCUGGCCAGACAGACAGACAUCCACCAUCACGAAGACGAAGCAACUACCACCACGACGUCGUCCAUCGACCACGAUCAAGCAGCCACCACCACCGUCACCCCCCCGCCGAAGCCAACUUUCGACACUCCUUUAUCGCCGGUCGCGCAGUCCCAAUUCCCCCGCUCGAUUGAGCUGCCUCGAGCCCCGUACGCACACACACACACGAACCGACGGCCGCGACACCACGCCGCGCCGCGCAGCCGCCCGCCAUGGCGCCCAAGGCCACCAAGGACAAGUACUCGGUCAUCCUGCCGACGUACAAUGAGCGGCGCAACCUGCCCAUCAUGGCGUGGCUGCUGCACCGCACCUUUACCGAAAACAACCUCGACUGGGAGCUCAUCAUCGUCGACGACGGCUCCCCCGACGGCACGCAAGAGGUGGCCCUCCAGCUGGUCAAGGCGUACGAGCCGCACGUGGUGCUCAAGCCGCGCGCGGGCAAGCUCGGGCUGGGCACCGCCUACGUGCACGGCCUGCAGUUCGCGACGGGCAGCUUCGUCAUCAUCAUGGACGCCGACUUCAGCCACCACCCCAAGUUCAUCCCGCGCAUGGUGGCCCUGCAGCAGGCCGGCGGCUACGACAUCGUCACGGGCACCCGCUACGCCGGCGACGGCGGCGUCUCGGGCUGGGACCUGAAGCGCAAGUUUGUCAGCCGCGGGGCCAACCUCUUCGCCGACACCGUCCUGCGCCCCGGCGUCAGCGACGUCACCGGCAGCUUCCGCCUCUACAAGAAGAGCGUCCUCGAGCGCGUCAUCUCCAGCACCGAGAGCAAGGGCUACACCUUCCAGAUGGAGAUGAUUGUCCGCGCCAAGGCCAUGGGCUGCACCGUCGCCGAGGUGCCCAUUUCCUUUGUCGACCGCCUCUACGGCGAGAGCAAGCUGGGCGGCGACGAGAUUGUCGAGUACGCCAAGGGCGUCUUUUCGCUGUGGCUCAAGGUGUAGGUGGACGGGACGGAGGACGGGGAGGAACUAUGUAAUGCAGAGCAUGGCCCAACAAGGGGGCGCACCAACUAAUACCACACACAGUUACACACACUGCGAGAAUACGCACAAACAGGACGUGAGGAUAUGUAUAAGCUUUUUCAUUUUCCACCAGGAAAAGCACAAUGUGCCGUGAAAACACGCACGACAUGCACAACAUGUUGCGAAUCACGGACCGGGCACACGAUGCCAUAUAAACGCCGCUUUGAAUCAACUGGCCAUGUACAAGGUAGCC